CACCAAUCACUCGCCCUCUGACCUCCAAACUCCAAGCUCUCAAGCUCUCGUGGUACCAAACACCCCCUCUUCGUUCAUACGAUCAAGAGACAAGCCAGCACGUCGGCACUGAAACUCGUGCCUCGUGAUCACCGCGUGGUGGUGUCAUUCGAGUAUCAUCGCCGAGGACCGCUCGCUACCAUCCAGGCCCUUAACUUCGACUCCAGCAAAGGCUCGAAAUUGUUCGCUUUACGUGGCAGCACGAUUCGCUUAUUCCUUCGACCUGCGAUACCUCUUUAAUCUCACAAACAUGGUAACGGUUGUGGCUUACAUCCAACGAUGCAUGAUCAUUUUUGCCAUCCUACUUUGCUAUUUUCACGUUCGGAGUGAAAGCGUGAAUUGCGAAGCAUUUCCGUACCAUCAAAUGUGUAGAGGUUCAAUGUCAAGAAAACGUGCAAUGUUCCCGAUCAUGUACGGAUUAGGAUGCGAGGGGAGUGAAGGAAACAUAAAUUGCAUCAAGGAAUUUGAAGAAAGACAUCGUAUCCCUUACAUUCCUCUGUCGAAGUCAAAACUGUUGAUUGCUUUGCUUGACGAUGAUCUGCAAAAGGAUAUUACACGAUCUGCUCGCCACAAAUUAAGAAACGAUGAAAUGAAUAAACGAAAGCCAUCUAUAAUAGAGAACUUCUUGUCGGAAUUGGACUCCUCGGACAACUAUUGAAUGAAAUGAUCAGGAAAUACAAAUUUUCUCGACUUGUGCAAACAUUUUUCAUCAUUUAAAAUUUUAGAAAUAUAUAUUUAGUCUUCUUUCUCUUUCUCUCUGUCUGUCUGUCUGUCUGUCUGUCUCUCUCUCUCUCUCUCUCUCUCUCUCUCUCUCUCUCUUCCUCCCUCUCUCUUCCUCCCUCUCUCUUCUUCCCUCUCUGCCACCCUCUCGCUCUGUCUCCCAUCACCCUAUCUAUCACAUACGCGAAAUAAAACUUUCCCUUUACUUUUACCUUUGUAUUAGAAAUCUUCUUGCUUCACUUGUUUUUAUCUCGUUCCUAUCUUUUCCGUUUUCAAGUAGUCAUUUUGCUUCUUCGUUUUUAAAACCAAAUUAUAAUUAAACCAUUGUAUCCACGUUACUAACAAUACACAUGUGUUACAGUAUAAAAAAAUAUAUUUGAAAUUCGAAGCAACUCCUUAAAUAAACCUACUAAAAAAAAAAUUGUGAUGUUAAAAUAUUAUCAUUUUACAUUUUAUUAUAAUAUGUAGCAUAACUAUUAUUCAUCAAACUUGUAUAUAAACAAAUUAAAAAGGAAUAACAUAGACUGUUUUGGGAA